UCUCUCUUCUUCAUCUUCUUCUUCGUCGUCGUCGUCGCCAGCAUCGCUCUCUGUCUCUCUUCCCCUUCUCUUUUCGUGCAUCAGAACAAUCUCAGCUCUGAAGAAACAGAGGAGGGAGAAAACGAAGAGAUCUCAGUAGAGAUGCCGCGAAUGGAGAACCAAGAAGUCCAAGAUUACGUCCCCAGCGCUCCCGCCGCUGCCGCCGCAACGCCACCGCCUUCGGGAGGUGCCACCGCCAAGCAGCCCCUCCCGGCGGCGAAGGGCUCCGACGGCAACUCCGUCUUAAAGAGGCUCCAAUCAGAACUAAUGGCACUAAUGAUGUGUGGUGAUCCUGGGGUAUCAGCAUUUCCUGAGGGGGACAACAUAUUCAGCUGGAAGGGCACAAUAACUGGGAGCAAAGACACAGCUUAUGAGGGCAUGGUCUACAAGCUCUCCCUCUCUUUCCCUUCUGAUUACCCUUUUAAGCCUCCAAAAGUUAAGUUUGAGACCACAUGUUUCCACCCCAAUGUUGAUCUUUAUGGCAACAUUUGCUUGGACAUUCUCCAGGAUAAAUGGUCAUCUGCAUAUGAUGUCAGAACCAUUCUUCUUUCAAUUCAGAGUCUUUUGGGAGAACCAAACAAUGAUUCUCCACUCAACACUCAAGCAGCAGCACUGUGGAUCAAUCAAGAAGAGUUUAGGAAGAUGGUGGAGAAGAUGUACAAACCAGCCUAGCUUUUCUUAUACAUUGGGCCCAGCAAAUGUGUACCAUCUCUCAUUGUCCACUAAGUGGGAGAAUUGAAAAUUUGAAAUUGUUCAUUCCUUCUUGUGCUUCUAUUGCUUUUCAUUUUCCAUGUGCAACUGAAACUAUUGUGUUUUCCUUUUAUCUCAGAGUUAGUAAUUUCAUUUCUU